UCAAACACCGACUUUUAUCUUCUACAGUCAAGAUAAGCUAUCGUAUUUUUUCGAGAGCUAUCUCGACAAAAAAGAUCAUUUAUCUUGUAUCGUGGCUAACAGUUAUCUUGUCAUGUCAAGAUAGAAUUGCAGCAAAAUUUGAUAGCUUAUCUUGACUGGGCAAGAUAUAAAGUCGGUUAAUAUCGACAAACCAGAAUGUUAUCACUUGACGAAAUAGUUAUCGUGACUUAACACGAUAUGCCAUAUUGACAAAAAAAUUACGUGGAUGGCAUAAAUAUGCCACCAUAGUUGGGAAAGAAAAGAGAGAUUAGGUAACUGCCAUGGCAGCUUCCUCGUACUCGUCUACAGAGGAGACGACAAAUGCCUGUAGAGCCUGUCGCCUUCUCCUGGGUCCGUGUACAGAUCAACUGAGGGAUGUUCUACGUCAUUAUAUACCACCCGCUAUUUUUCCACGUGUCGUUGUACAGAAAAGGAGUAAUCUUCCCCGUCUGACAGCACCCCAGACGAGUCUUAUUUUACCAAGAGGUAAAAGUUAUACUGGAAACUAUGAUGAUAUGGAUAUUCCUUUAUUGUACUCGCUGCUUAGAAACAUUUGUAGCAUAACAGCACACAACAAAGGCUGGGGAAAUGAUCCAGACCCUACAGAUCGGUCACUCUCUGCCAACAUUGAGAGGAUUCGUACUGCCAGAAAUCAGUGUGUACAUUCUUCCAGUCCCGUCCUUUCCAACGCUGAUUUCAAUAUAGUCUGGUCUACUGUAAGAUCAGCAGUUAUGGACCUUGAUUCUUUUCUAAACAACUGUAACCAGUACGAGAAGGCGGUGGAUUUUUUAAAACAUGAGACAAUGGACCCUAUCCGUGACCUCCAUUUCAUUGAAGAACUGAGAAAACAGGCUGAAGAAGAUGCAACAACAAGGAAAAUAUUACAUGGCCUACAACGUAAAUUAGAAGAAAGCGAAGAAAAUCGAUCUGAAAAUCAAAAUAAAAUACUAGAAACGAUUAAUGAAAUCAAGAAUACUAAAUGUGUCAUUCCUCCAAAUGUGAAAGAUAUCCAUUCAAAGAAAGUCCUACAAUGGAAGAAAGACGACGAAGUUUUCAUUGAAACCCACAACUUUCAUGCAAUGUUGGAUAAAGUCAGAAAUCAACCGUACAUGACAUUUGUUGGUGUCCCAGGAUCUGGGAAAUCAGCAACGAUUCAUCAUAUUGCCUUAACAUUACAAGAGAAAAAGUAUGAGGUCGUACCAAUUGAGGAUAUCAGAAAGAUAGAACAUUAUACUGACUCUCGUUAUUCCCAGGUAUUUGUCGUUGAUGAUGUAGUAGGUAUCUUAAAACUACAAAAGCCAAAAUUAAAGUCAUUAAUGGAUUACGAAGAACAAAUUUCAAAUCCCUUCAAUGAAAAUACAAAGGUAUUGAUGUCAUGUAGGGAAGCAGUGUUUAAUGAGUGUUACAAAUCAUUUUUCAUAAAUGAGAAACACGUGAUAAAAUUAAGCAAUCCAGAAAAUAUGUUGAAUGAAGAUGACAAAAAAUCCAUUCUUCAGAUUCACGGUUUGGAUAGAAAUUUAUUGCCUACUUCAUUCCUGAAAGAAACAUCAUAUAGGUUUCCUUUACUGUGUAAACUGUACUCGAAAGUUGAGAAAUUUAGAAAAAAUGCAGAAAACUUCUUUACCUGUCCAGUUGAAUGCAUUUUAGAAGAAUUUGAAAAGAUGAAAUGUCAUUACAAGUUAUGCUAUGCUACUUUGGUUUUAUUAAUGUUAAAUGACAGAAAACUAUCAAAGAAAAGUUUUCUAAGCAAAGGGAACAACCAGUUCUACGAAAUGAAAUCAAAAGUAAUAGAGAGCUGUGAAGUUGAGAGUAACACAGAUGCAUUCAAAUUUGUUAGAGCAUUAUCAGUAAUGGAGGGGACAUACACAAAAUUAUGUGGAUCUGAGUACACUUUUAUUCAGGAAUCCAUGUAUGAAAUAAUGGCGUAUCAUUUUGGUUGUCAGUGUCCGGAUAUCAUUUUGCAAUAUAUUAGCAGCAGUUACAUUGCUAAGAAAGUGGAAGUAAAAGAAUGUAAAAAGACAAUGGAAAACGGAAGAACACAAGUCACUGGAAAUGUAAAGGAUGGUGAAGAGCAUGAUGUAUUAAAUAGUAAAAGCGGCGAUGGAAGUGAUUCAUUUGAUCUUUGUAUAAGGUUAGGAGAGGACAAGUUUUUAGUUUUAGCUGAGCGUUUGUACAGUGAUAUAGAGAAUUUGGAACUGUAUGAUGUUUUUAUGAAUGAUGUUUUAAAACAGUCAGAAGUAUGUAAGCUUUUUAUAGAGGUGCUAAACAGGAAGUCUUACUCGGGAUGGAAAGCUUUAUUUCUAUCAAAGCAGAAUGAUGUGCAUAGAAUUGUCAGGAAAAUAAAUUGGGUAGUGAAGGAAUGUGAGGAAUCGGAAAAACGGAGCAAUGAAUUGCGUAAACAGAAUUUGCUUGUAAAUGAAAGAUGGACACCACUUAAAGGAUCAACAUACAGUGUGAGGGUUAUUAGUUGGGUGGUUUAUUACGGCCACAAUAAGAUUCUACAACAUAUCCUAGAACAAACUGACCGACAAAACGAAACACACUCUCAAAUGUUUGAUAGUUCAAUUUACCCUGUUCGAAGCUUUGUUACGGAAGAAAGCGAAAAAAAUAUUCCAGCAAAUGACAGAAAAGACAACCCAUGUAUCUUAAACACCAGUACUCAUUCGGGAAAUGAGGAAUUGGUCAUAAAUCAGUCAAUAUCUGAACAACAUCGCUUACUUGUGUUGGGAUGUUACAGUGGUGAUUUAGAGACCGUAAGAAUAUUGAUCAAAUAUGUCAGUAAAAGUACUAUAAACAAAGAACUGCGAUAUUUGGAUUAUGAUGAUAGAUUGAUUGUAACUCCACUUACUGCAGCAUGUACAUCUGGACAAAUGACUGUGGUUAAGGAGCUGUUAGAUGCGGGGGCUGAUCUGAACCCGCAAGGUAAAUAUGAUACUCCACUAACUGUAGCAUGCAGAGGUGGUUAUACCAAUGUAGUAAAAGAACUAAUAAAAUCAGGAGCUGAAGUCAAUCCUCAGGGCAAAUUUCAUACGCCACUGACUGCAGCAUGUACGAGUGGAAAUGCGAGUGUAGUGAUGGAGCUAAUAAAGGCUGAGGCUGAUAUUAAUCCUGAAGAUAAAUAUAAUACACCACUGACUGUAUCAAGUAAGGGUGGAUUUAUCCAUGUAGUAAAGGAGCUAAUAAAAGUCGGGGCUAAUGUCAAUCUUCGAGAUCAGAAUGAUACGGCACUGACUGCAGCAUGUUAUUAUGGACAUAAGAGUAUUGUGAAGGAGCUAAUUAAGGCAGGAGCUGAUGUCAAUCUAGAGGGAAAAUAUCAUACACCACUGAGUGCAGCAUGUGAGAGAGGACAUGUGGGUGUUGUAAAAGAGCUGAUAGAUAAGGGGGCUGAUGUCAAUCUACAAAGGCAGAAUUAUACGUUACUGAUUGCAGCAUGUCAAGGUGGAUAUAUAAGCGUAGUAAAGGAGCUGAUAGUGGCAGGGGCUGAUGUAAAUCAACAAACUCAGAAUAAUACACCACUAAAAGCGGCAUGUCAAGGUGGACAUUUAAAUGUAGUGAAUAAGCUUAUAGAAGCUGGGGCUAAUAUCAAUCCGCAGACUGAAUAUAAUACACCACUGACUGCCGCAAGUGAGGGUGGACAUAUAAGCGUUGUAAAAAUGCUGCUAGAGGAAGAGGCUGAUGUCAAUCCACACGGUAAAUACAAUUUACCACUGACUGCAGCAUGUAGAUAUGGACAUUUGAGUGUAUUGAAGGAACUGUUAGAGGCCGGGGCUGAUGUCAAUCCACAAAGGUUCUUUAAUUUACCAUUGACAGAGGCAUGUAAAAAUGGACACUUAUGUGUUGUAAAGGAGUUGAUAAAAGCAGGGGCUGAUAUCAAUCCACAAUGUACAUACCAUACACCACUGACGAUGGCAUGUAAAAGGGGACAUACUGAUAUUGUCAAAGAACUCUUAGACGUAGGAGCUGAUCGCAAUCCCCAAGGUAAAUAUCACACACCGCUUACUGCAGCAUGUAAGGAUGGACAUGUUGAGGUAGUGAAGGAGUUGAUAGAGGCAGAGGCUGAUGUCAACCUACAAGAAAAAUACCACACACCGCUGACAGCGGCAUGUAAUGGUGGACAUCUGAACGUAGUGAAGGAACUCUUAGAGGCCGAAGCUGAUGCCAAUAUUCAAGGUCAAGAUGAUACACCACUGACAGCUGCAUGCAGGGGUGGAUAUUGCAGUGUAGUCAAUGAACUGAUAGAGGUAGGGGCUGAUAUUAAUAUGCAGGAUUCGAAAGGAAGAACUCCUAUAUAUACUAUAAUUUUCAAUAAUACGGAGUCCCUGAUACCACCAGCACUAAUGGUCAAUGAUCAUGGUGCGGAUGCAACUAUCUGUAAUAAUGAGGGUCUAUCAGCAUUAAGCAUUGCGUUAGUUGAAAUGAAAAUUGAUGUUGUAAAAGAACUCGUACAAACAGAACGUGAAGGUCAGCUUAAUAAACGGAAGUUACAUUUGUUUGAAUCUUUAGUGAACAUAAGGAAUAGUGACGUGAUAACUGAUAGUAAAGAUAACGUGGUGAUGACACACACACGGGUGAGGCAAAUAGAUAAAUUUGGAGAUUUAUAUAAAAUAAUCAAGGAAAACAAAUGUGACGUACUGAAAAAUUUAUUUCACAUGGGUCUGGAUUUCAAUCAGUGGAUACAGCUGUACUACGAAGAUUAUGAGUCUGAUUUUGAUGAAAAACCUCUUUUGUUCUCGGUGAUUGAUGAAGGACUUGGUAGGUUUAUUCUGAUUGAUGAGAACAAUGUAGUAGAGAUGUUAAGGACACUUCUGGAAGCUGGGACGGAUGUCAAUGUCAGGGUGAGGUACAGGGAAUAUAACGAUGUGGAAGACAGAGAGGGUGUGUCUGUUCUAGGGAACGCUGUGUUAGACAGAGAGGGUGUGUCUGUUCUGGAGAGGACACGGCGCCUUGUGAAAAAGUUCAAAGAGAGUAAAUUUAAAUGGAAAAGAAGCGCAGUGCAACCUUGCAAGAGGGUCUUAAGUGUCUUAAAAAAUUAUGUAAGACGAUACUCUGUAUGAAAAUUAUACAGAAAGGUUUAAAAUAAUAUGUCCCACAAUAUGCAACUGUUAGGGCUAGUGAAUUUUAUUUUUGUACAACUCUACACACUUUUCAAAUAUUGUUUUACAUUCUUCUUAUUACAUUUCUCAAUAAACUUCUUGAGGAUGUGUUA